GUGCCAGACUGAUUGUGAUUCAGAGUGGCGGUCGACUCCGGUCCCAGCUCCGCGUACUUCUCGGUCGUGCGCGUUAUAUCUUUUGACGAAUCCUCUCUUCCUCUUUUUUCAUUAUACAUAUAUAUAUAUACACGUAUGUAUAUAUGUAUAUAUAUUUCCUUCUCCUAAAAUAAUAUACAUCUUCCAAAAAAAAAGAAUUAAGGAUCUAGUGAUCUUCCAGAAAGAGGAAAAAAAAAGGAAAAGAAUCCUAAUUCUUUGUUUAUCGACUUUCUUUAUCAUCCUCCGUUAAUAAUCCUUACGGUGACGAAACGAUCGAAAGGAAAAAUAAUUCUAUUUAUUUCGAUUUCGAUCGAGGGAGUCUCAAGUUCGAAGAAGAUUAACGAGAGAGACGGAAAGAAAGAGAAAGAGGGACAGACAGAAAAGACAGAGAAAGAGAGAGAGAAGAGGAAAGUCGUGAAAUAAGAAAAAUUGGAAUUGGUGCUGUGAAGGAACGAAGUUUCAAGAGAAACGAAUCGGGAGAGAGAAAAGAAAGAAAGAAAAAAAGGAAAGAAAGCUAUUCGAGUUUGAAAGAGUGAACAAAUAUUACGUUAAUCGUCGAAAUAUCGCGAGGAAAGAUUUAUCAUCGUUUACUUAUUUUCCUUUCUUCCUUCUCGUCUGCUGUCUCACGUAUAUGUGUUCGUCCGUUUAAAGAAAAAAGAAAGAAAGAAAAUUAAAAAAAAAAUUCUAAAUAUAAACAGAGAAUAAAGAAAGAAAAGGUGAUACGUAAAGAUAAAGAGAGAAGAUCGAAAGGACGCAGGUACACACACACACACAGACACACCGUGUUUGUGUGGAGAGAGAAACCAAUCAAGGAAAAAAAAAGAAAAUAAAGAGAAGUGUCCUGCGAUUCAAGAAGACCUUCGAACGCGCGUGUCACUCUUCUCGACGCAUUCGGUUUUCGAAUCUGAGCGACUGGUAUUAUUGAUCGACCUCGUGUGCACUAGAGGGUAGUUCCAAGUGAAAAAGAGAGAGAGAGAGGGAGAGAGAGAGGGAAAGAGAGAGAGAGAGAGUGGGGCCAGAAAUACAAGAGAGAGAGAGAGAGAGAGAGAGAGAGAGAGAGAGAGAGAGAGAGAGAGAGAGAGAAAAUUGUCUUUGAGAAGAAGUAAAGUUUCACAGACGCAAAGUUUGCUCGUCGUGUGACGUACAUACGUUCUUCUUCUUCUUGUUAUUAUUAUUAUUAUUAUUAUUAUUAUUAUUGUAUAUUUUUUUGUCAUCAACAUCUUCCUCUUCUUCUUCUUCUUCUUCUUCCACUGCUUUCUGUCUUUCUUUCUAUCCUCCAUUUUUGAUGGCGUUUCAUUGUGAAGAAGGAGGAGGAAGCAUGGCACGAAGAACCAUAAGAAGUUUAUUAUUCCUAUUGGCUAUUGUUGCGACCUUCCUAUGCGAUAAAACGGAAGCAGCACCUACGACGUCGAGUAUUUCGGAUCUUUCUGCUAUGAGAUAUCUCUCGCAGUAUGGAUAUUUGCCAUCGGUUAAUCCUGCAAAUGGCGGAAUCAUUUCCGAGGAGUCAUUAUCUCAAGCAAUCUCAGAGUUUCAAUCGCUUGCUGGAAUCAAUAUAACAGGUUCUAUGAACGAUGAAACGGCCUAUUAUAUGUCUUUAUCAAGAUGCGGCGUUAAAGAUAAAGUAGGACCGAGUUACGAUGGAAGAUCGAAGAGAUAUGCUCUUCAAGGAUCGAGAUGGCGAGUAAAGAAAUUGUCCUACAGGAUUAGCAAGUAUCCAGCGGGUUUAAGUAGAACAGAAGUUGAUAAGGAAAUCGCUAAAGCUUUUAACGUUUGGUCCCAAUACACCGAUUUAUCCUUCACGGUUAAAUCUUCAGGCUCGGUUCACAUAGACAUCAGAUUCGAAAUCGGUGAACACGGAGACGGUGAUCCGUUCGAUGGACGCGGUGGUACUUUGGCACAUGCUUAUUUCCCGGUUUACGGUGGGGACGCUCAUUUCGAUGACGCCGAACAAUGGACGAUAAACAGUUAUCGUGGGACGAAUCUGUUUCAAGUUGCGGCACACGAAUUUGGACAUUCGCUCGGAUUAAGUCACAGUGACGUUAAGGCCGCCCUGAUGGCACCGUUUUAUCGUGGAUACGAGCCCAAUUUCAAUUUGCAUUCCGACGACAUCGAUGGUAUUCAAGCUCUAUACGGAAGAAGAACAACGACUGGUUGGGGACAGGGACCAACGAAUAUUCAUCCAACAUCUGUACCACCAACUGGCGAGGAAGAUCCAGAGCUUUGUAUGGAUCCAAAGAUCGAUACGAUAUUUAACUCCGCCGAAGGACACAUAUAUGUCUUCAAAGGAGAACAUUAUUGGAGACUGACAGCCGAUGGUAUAGCUAGCGGUUAUCCCAAACGGAUUAGCAAUUCUUGGAAGGGUCUUCCGGGUAAUAUAGACGCUGCAUUUACAUUCAAGAACGGUAAAACUUAUUUCUUUAAGGGAUCGAAAUAUUGGAGGUACAUAGGCAAACAUAUGGACGGUCAAUAUCCAAAAGAAAUAAGUGAAGGUUUCACGGGAAUACCUGACAACAUAGACGCUGCGACAGUUUGGACAGGAAACGGAAAGAUAUAUUUCUACAAGGGAACGAAAUUCUGGCGAUUCGAUCAAGUACAAAAGCCACCGGUUAAGAGUACUUAUCCAAAGCCAAUCAAAAAUUGGGAAGGUCUACCGGAUAAUCUAGACGGUGCUGUCAUUUAUCAAGGAUACACGUAUUUCUUCAAGGACAAGGGCUAUUACAGAUUCAACGAUCGUACCUUUUCAGUGGACGUCGCUGAGCCAGCGUUCCCAAGGGCGACAGCUUAUUGGUGGUUCGGAUGCAAGUCGGCGAGCAAAGGGACGUUAGGUAAUAUCAGAUGGCAGGGCGAAAGUCCCGAAGAAUCUUCCCUGUUUUCCGGCAUGCUGGAUGCCGGCGAUCGUGACUCUUUCGACAAUGACGUUAGCGACAUCAUAUUAGACGCAGGAGGAUUAGACGAGCAAUUUGCGACGCCAUCUAAUCAAGAUCGCAUGGAUUCUGGAUCGCGUAGCAUUUUCAACGGCGAGACAUGGUCCAUUAUCAUUAGUAUCGUAACGGUGAUCGUAGCGAGGUUCAUCGUCGCAACAUAAAUCAAAUGUACAACGAAGAAACGAUUCAAGGUUGAAGGAGAAAGGAGAAAGGAAAUACUAUAUGUAUGUAUCACGAUAAGGAAUCUCCGGUUAAUCCAUCCAACGGAGUGUCAUCGUGUUUGAAGAAUUUCUCAUGAGUCAAAACACGUCGAGGAAAACACGUGGAAAGAAGAAGAGGAUGAA